AUGCAUGGCUCUCAAACUGAAUAUGCAUACCGCGCCGCCGCUCUUACAGGCUGCCCCGUCCCAGCAGUAUGGAACCCCGUAAUCACUUUGCAUGCCAACGCACUCCAACAUGUCUCGAGUAUCGCAGCCUUGUAUGCAGCAAUAAGGCGUCCUCCCGGACUUUCAGACAUCAACACCUUUACUUGUCAGCAAGCUGCCGACACAAUCAUCGUCAUGGGUAAGAAGGGUUGCUCGAAGAAAAAAAACAAGUCAAGUAGCGUGACUUGGGCACAAGAGCCUAGCACAUCCCCGGAAGAUGAAGUUCUUGUGACACGUCCAGAAGACGAGAUGGCCGAGCAACCUACGGAGCCACCCGCUGAGGAAUAUUCUUCCCUUAAUAUCCCAGUGCUCAAUGAUUACAAGCAAGUGACUGAAUGUCCCUACACCUCCCCCAUCAUCACUCUCAAGGUUCAAGACAUGUACUACAAGAUUCCACAACAUUACCUCCGACCCUAUAAGAGUUUGCUAUGCGAACUAAAUUCUGUGCGCCGGGAGAUCUUCGGUGAAUACUAUCAUCAUGAGCUGAACGUCCACCCAGAGGUUGCCCAUACCUUCGUUCAUUACCUGUACACUGGGCAGUAUGAGACACCUGAAACACAAUUUGAGCCCCCUCAGUCAGCGGACGACAUCCCCGCAAUAACCAAAGCCCGCGAUAGCAUAGAGUUCCAGCGCGCAGUCUACGCGUAUCAGGCUGCCGCUCGGUACCAGAUCCCGGGGCUACUGAGCAUGGCACAAGGCUUUACGGCCCGAUUCGCCGAGAGAUUGUCAAUAGACGACAUUCUGCGUGCCAUAAGAUGUGUAUAUGGCAGCCUGGUUGCGGAGUAUUCUUGCCGCAUGUGGCUUGAGGACUUUGUUCGUGACCAAUUGAGUAUCGCAUUCAGCAUUACGGAUGGAAAGCUCAGACAAACCAUUAAGGAGUAUGAGGUUGGACAUAGUAGACGCUUCGAUCUUUUCGUUGUUGAUGAAGUCCUGGCACUCUACGAAAGGGAGCAAGGCGGAGUAAAUCAUGUGAAAAGCUUGGACAAUUCAAGGGAAGAACACGACCCUAUGCUUCGGCCUGAGCCUAUACUUGAGCCUUACUGUGAGCCGGUGUGUGAGCCUGAGCCUUUGUGUGAGUCUCCAUAUGCGGAGCCUUCCUGUGAGCCUCCGUGCGAGCCUGAGCCUGAGCCUUACUGUGAGCCUGAGCCUGAGCCUGAGCCUGCGUAUGAGCCGGUGUGUGAGCCUCCGUAUGAGGAGCCUUACUGUGAGCCUGAGCCUGAGCCUGAGCCUGUGUAUGAGCCUGCGUAUGAGCCGGUGUGUGAGCCUCCGUAUGAGCAGCCUUACUGUGAGCCUGAAUGCGAGCCUGAGCCACUAUUCAGAUCCGUUGCAGAAGAGGCAAUACCAACUCCAGCUCCAGAACCGGAGCCAGAACCUAUUCCUGAGCCUGACUCCCUAGCUCCUGGGAUACCAGAUUGCCAUCUCUACGACAACUGGAACACACUCACCCAAAAAGACCGGAGGAAACGUGAGAGGUCUUUGAUCAAGAUAGGGUUUCCUAUCCCUGGUAAAGAUUUCGAACUUCCUGUUCCGGAUCAUGAACCUCCUGCUGCAGAGCGUGAAUCUUCUGCUGAACGGUCUGAACCUCCUACUGCAGAGCCUGAACCUCCUGAAUUGGACGAUGAUUGGGGAUUUUCGACGUCGGCCUCAUCUAAGAAACAAAACAAUGGUAAGAGAUUAUGCGUCAACAUGGGACUUCCUGUUCGGGGUAAGGACUGCAGAUUAUCUAAUUCAGCGGAUGAGUGUCCUCCUCGAGAGCUUGAGCCUGAGCCCGAACCCGAGCCCGAACCCGUUCCCAGGUCAAGUUCAUCUUCCGGGUCUUGGGAGAUGCCAAACUCCAGUAAUCAUAGAUGAAUAAAGAGAGGAUAAUGCAAAAUCUGCCAAACGAGAAUGAAUGAAAAGGACGGAAGGAGAUAAGUG